CGGGCAGUUCACAGCACAGUUUUGCCGGCUCAGUGAGGGAUGAACACUCGUCAAACGGGAAAAGUAGAAGAAAUUCAUGACACAUACACAACGAAAAAAAGCUGCAAAUCAAUUGCCUGAUGUUCAAGAAUAAUAUAAUCCAGAUAAAUCUCAAGCAGCCCGGCUGAUUAACUGAACCAUACCCAAAGACCUGACUGGCCUGCUGAUGCUCAAAUGUCAAUCGAGCUCAAUUGGGAGACGCUGACGACGGGCCCUGAUGGCGAAGAGCUGGCGCACCGCAUCCGGGAUUUCAUCCACUCCAAAUUCCAGACGGUGCCGCUACCACGCUUCAUCAAGUCGGUAACGGUUCACGACUUUCAGUUUGGUGCCAUCCCGCCCGAGCUAGAGCUCAAGGACAUUACGGAUCCGCUGCCGGACUUUUACGAGGAGGAUCCGGAUGUGGACUACGACGACGAGGACGAGGACGUUGAGGAAACCCACGACUAUGAGGAACGGCGCAGCGAGGCGGCCGCGUCCCCUGCGCGGUCAGGUGACGAUGGGCUCUUUGGUGGACAGCGAGGAGAUGGAAUGAACAAGCUGGACAGGGUCGCGAGCAGCAGCAGUAGCAGCGUCGGCAGAGGUUCGGCGCCGAGGCCCGGGGCACCGCCGCAGACGCCGACGAAAAGCAACAUCAACAUCAACACCCGGAUGCGAGGCGAGGUGCCGCCGCAGGACCUGACGUCUCCCUUCCUUGGCGUCUCGACUCCCGGCAUCCUGUCGGGCGGCACCUCCAACUUUUCCUACUUCCACUCACACCUGGCCUCGUCGGGCCUGUCGGGCACCCAGACGCCGCUGGCCGCCGUUGCCGGCGCGCAGCUGGGCGGCCCCCCGCAGUGGAACGGUCUGCGCAGCACCGGGAGGGGCAGCGGGCGAAGGCGGUCGCUGGCGGCUGCGUCGCAGGGCCUAGACGGCGAGGGCUUCACGCCGUCGCACAGUCGCACCAGCUCUACCGUCUCCAACGCCGAUCUCCAGACGGCCAGCCUUGGAGGCUUCGGUGGCCACCUGACCCCGACGUCCUUCCUGCGCAGCGGGCAGCAGACGCUGCGGGAGAAGCACAGCGUCAGCACCCUGGCCCCCACCAGCGUCGGCACGUCGCGGCCGCCGACCCGCGACCUGACGACGACCAUGUCCACGGCGCAGGAAGACGGCCAAGGUGGCGAUGGCAACUGCGAGUCGUCAUCGGCGGCGGCGGCGGGCAAUGAGCAAAACGAGAGCGACUCGUCGGACCGGACAAAAUACCGCGAGCGGCGCAUCGAGGACAUGCAGGCCGUGUUCCGGAUCAAGUACGCGGGCGACGUCAAGCUGCUGCUGACGGCCGACAUACUGCUCGACUACCCGAUGCCCAGCUUCGUCGGCAUCCCCGUGCGGCUGAGCAUCACCGGCUUGACGUUUGACGGCGUCGGCGUGGUCGCACACAUCCGGAAGCGGGUGCACUUUUGCUUCCUGAGCCCCGAGGACGCCUUGGCGGCUGUUGGCAGCGCCAGCGGGAAAGAGGCUGGUGAUGGUGAUGAGUAUGGAGACACGUCUGGCGGGGCGGCGGCGGCUGCUGCUUCUUCUUCUGCCUCCGCAGCUACGACACCCCAAGGUGUUGCCACGUUAGCUUCGCCUGCUGGUGCUGCUCCCGGGUCGGACGAAAAGGCCGGCGGCAACACCAGGAUGGGAGGCUUGCUACAAGAAAUCAGAGUGGAGAGUGAGAUUGGACAGCGCGAGGGCGGCAAGCAAAGCCUGAAGAACGUAGGCAAGGUGGAGAAGUUUAUUCUCGAGCAGGUCAGGAGGAUAUUCGAGGAGGAAUUUGUGUAUCCAAGUUUUUGGACCUUUUUGGUCUAGACACGAUCAAAUAUAUACAUUUGAAGAAUUAAAAUAAAAGUCAUGUAUGUACAGGUUCGCAAUGUCAAGUAUCGCCAUUGUACG